AUGAGGUUUAAAAGAUUAAGGGAAUUCAACUUGGCUCUUUUGGCAAAGCAAGGGUGGAGGAUUUUGGCUAACCCGCUUUCUCUGGUAAGCAGAAUUCUUAAAGCUCGUUACUUUCCAUCAGUAAAUUUUCUCGAUGCACCGUUGGGUCACAACCCUAGUUACAUCUGGCGAAGUAUCCGAGCCAGUCAGGAUCUGUUACGUAAAGGAGUGAUGCGUAGAGUGAGUGAUGGGAAGGACACUGCGGUUUGGGGCCAGCCUUGGCUUUUAGACAUUACGAAUCCUUGUCUUCUUACGCAUGAAAUUGAGGAGCUUAAAGAUGCUAGAGUUUCGAACCUUUUGGAUGGUAAUGGAAGAUGGGACGAGGAAUUGAUAAGAGACAUUUUUUAUCCACAGGAUGUCCCUAGAAUCCUAGCUACACCGGUAUCUCCAGAGUAUGAAGAUUCGUGGUGCUGUAAAGUUCCCCCGAAGAUCUGCAAUUUCAUGUGGCGCUGUGUUAUGAAUGUCCUACCGGUGCGUGAAAAUCUAAGAAGUAAGAGAGUGUUUGUUGGUGGUGGUUGCCCGUUGUGUUCGGUGGAUAUGGAAACGAUAACACACAUCCUAUGUGAAUGUCCAGUAGCCAUGUGUUUGUGGGACUGCACCGACAUCCUGCAAGGGAAAACGUUCGUGCAUUUUGUGGAAUCAGUUUAUGAGAAACCAGAUGCACAUGAUGCAGUGUUGAUGGCGACAAGAUUCUGGACGUGUUGGCUCGCCCGGAAUGACAAGGUGUGGCAUGGCAAAACUUGGUCUUCAUCAACGCUAAAAGAGAGGGUGACGCAGUUGGUUAUACAAUGGCAACGGGAUGUGCAUGUCAAUACGGCCACUAACCAGUCAUCUAAUCCGCCUCCUGCUACCUGGUCGCCACCUCCAAAUGGCUUAUUGAAAUGCAAUGUUGACGCAACAGUAGCCGAAAAUUUCUGA